AUGUAUACCAUCAAGCGCUCUUUGCUCCUCUUGGGAGCGGUCAUUCCGGCCAUCCUCGGUGCCCCCGUUACCGAGCCUCACGUCCGCCGGUCGGGCGAGAAGAUCGCGGGCAAGUACAUCGUCACCUUCAAGGAGGGCGUCGACGCUGCCAAGAUCGCCGCCCACACCACCUGGGCCACCAGCGUCCACUCGCGCAACGUCGCCCGCAUCUCGGGCGCGUCCAGCGUCGGCAUUGAGCGCAACUACGGCAUCAACAAGUUCCAGGGCUACGCCGGUUCGUUCGAUGAUGCCACCAUCGAGGAGAUCCGCAACCACAAGGACGUUGCUGCGGUCGAAGAGGACAAGAUCUGGUAUCUUGAUGCCAUCAAGACCCAGAAGGAUGCUCCUUGGGGUCUGGGCAGCAUCUCCCACAAGGGCAAGCCGAGCACCGACUACGUCUACGACGAUGCGGCUGGCACCGACACCUUCGGCUAUGUCGUUGAUACCGGUAUCAACGUUGACCACGAGGAGUUCGAGGGCCGUGCCACCAAGGCCUACAACGCUGCUGGCGGCGAGCACGAGGACGGUGUGGGCCACGGUACCCACGUUGCCGGUACCAUCGGUGGUAAGACCUACGGUAUUGCCAAGAAGGCUAGCCUCCUCUCCGUGAGGGUCUUCGAGGGCGAGUCCUCCAGCACCUCCGUCAUCCUGGACGGCUUCAACUGGGCCGCCAACGACAUUGUCUCCAAGAAGCGCACCAGCAAGGCCUCCAUCAACAUGUCUCUGGGUGGUUCCUUCUCCCAAGCCUUCAACGACGCCGUCCAGGACGCCUUCGAGAAGGGUGUCCUGUCCAUCGUCGCCGCCGGUAACGAGAACUCCGAUGCCAGCGAGUCCAGCCCCGCCUCCGCCCCCGAUGCCAUCACCGUCGCCGCCAUCAGCGAGAACAACGCCCGCGCCGAGUUCUCCAACUUCGGCAAGGUCGUCGACAUCUUCGCCCCCGGUGAGGACAUCCUGUCCGCCUGGAUCGGCUCCAAGACCGCCACCAACACCAUCUCGGGUACCUCGAUGGCCACCCCCCACGUUGUUGGUCUGUCUCUCUACCUCAUGUCCCUGGAGGAGCUCGAUGGCCCGGCUGCCGUCACCAAGAAGAUCAAGGAGCUCGCCACCCCCGACGUUGUCACCGACGUCUCCGGCAGCCCCAACGCUCUCGCCUACACCGGCGCCUCCGACUAA